AUGGAGCCGCCGAACGCCUCAGACACCAGCUCGCCUCCGCUGGCAAAGAAGCGACGCACACCGAAAGCCUGUGCUUCCUGCCGGAGAUCCAAACUGAGAUGCGAUGAGCAGCGCCCAUGCAGUCGAUGCCUGAGCACAGGAAAUACAUGUGUCUAUUUCGAACGACCCAAGGACCCUACAGUCGAACGGUUCGAGCGAAUCGAAAGCGCGUUGUCUGGUAUUCAGGAUAGAUUGGACAUCCACUACGGCCAACCGUCUCCAGUUGCAACGCAUUCGUCAAUCUCGUUCGACGACGAUUCUUUGUCCUCGACCCGGGCAGUUAUAUCGAGACCAGUGCCUCCUUCCAGUCUUUCCGACUUUGCCCUGAGGGAGCCGUCCACGACAGAUCUGAUAUCAUCUGGGCUGUGUUCUGAACAAGAUGCUAGAUUGUGGUUCGUGACUUUUUUCCAAGGCUGUGAUCGAUUCGUGCCAGUCUUUGAUCCAAGCACGGAUACUUUUGAAUCGGUCAAAGCUCGGUCCAGUAUCCUGUUCGACAUCAUCGUCUCCUACGGCUGUAGAGCGGCCACUGGCGUUCUUUCUCGACAGUAUCAGAUGCUUUACAGCCUACUGCGACGCCACACAUCAGACUUGAUCUUGCGUCUGUCAGCAAGCCAAGAUCGACCACCGCCGCUCGAAGACAUCCAAGCACUAAUGACCAUUGCAUCGUACUCUGACAGCGGAGCAGUCCUUGCUGAUGUUGCGUUGAAAGCCGCCAUCUAUACUGGACUAGCGAACGGGCUCGAUAGUCUAUUUGCUUCGGUUCUGAACACCACUGGUCCGGAUGUCCCAGCACCUCCCAAACCUCUUCGUGAGGCACGAGUUUGGUAUGGACUCUUUGUGCUUGACCAUAUACUCUCGCUUGACGGCGGCAAACCUUCCAGCGUCUACAUUCAAUCUUCGCCACGGCGUGUUCGUGCCCUCGUCAGCCAUCAAGAGCGAACUUCGACCGAUCUUCGCUUGUUCGCUCAGGUGGAAUUGAACGCCAUCCGACUCACAGCCCGCUCCUCUCUUACAGGUCGCCACGUAACAGACGCAGUAUCGCCCGACUCGAUCUCCAGAAUUGUCAAUGGCACCCUCCUCGACCUUCAACUGUGGCUAUCUGAGUGGCAAGCCAUUGAAUUCGGCGAUGCAAGCUCUACAGCCGAGCACCCGGUCUUGCUACUAAAUCUGCGCAUCCAGCAUGCCUGGGCAAUCUUGACCCUGCAACUCUGGGCUCUGACAGCGUCGGGCGUGGAGAACAUUGCACUCAUGACUGACAGUCAGCGGGACAUUGCACUCGCGGCGAAAUCGGCCGCUGAGCAACACCUACAGCUACUGCUCACGAAUGUUCCGAUGCAAGACAACACCACAUCAAUGCCGUAUGUGGCCAAUCUACGUUACGCCAUGGAAUUCGUCUGGGCAAAGAACGCCUUCUGCAUACUCAUCGUCCUGCGUCUGGGUAUACUUCUCGGAGAUCCUCCCAAUUCCUUGAUCCAACGACUAACCGAGGCGCACCAAUUCCUCCACGAACUGGACAAGGCCGGCAUGGGGGCGAAUAUUAGCUACAUGCGAAUACUAGCCCAGACCGUCGACAAAUGCGAACGGGCCGUCAAGGCAUCUAUGCGAAACGAAGAACGAAACUCCGCAGAGUCGAGCGAUACCGACUUCCAGAGCUUCAUCCCGAAAGAGUUCAUGUUCGAGUGGGACUUCCCGGGUCUGAAUCUCUGCUAUAUCCCAUUCGACUGGCAGGAUUUAUUCCUUGAUUUUGGGACUACAGCCUAA